GAUGUUGCAUUUCUUAUUGAUGGAUCUGAUGAUUCUAAAAUUGGUUUUGAGGGAAUUCGUAAUUUUAUCCAGAGGUUAGUUGAGAGUUUCAACCUGGAGGAAGAUCUUGAUAGGGUGGCGGUUGUGCAGUACAGUCGGGAUCCCACUGCUAAUUUUUAUCUAAGCUCAUACUCAACCAAAAAAGAAGUACUCAAUUCCAUACGAUCUAUGAGACACAAAAGUGGAAGGCCACUGAAUACUGGAGCUGCUCUACUGUUUGUUAAAGAAAAUAUUUUUUCACAAUCCUCUGGGAGCAGACAUCAUGAGGGCGUACCUCGGAUUCUGUACUUAUUUAGUGGUGGUAGAUCUGGUGAUGAUGUCAGAACCAUUUCACAAAGUUUAAGAGAAAACAACAUAAAAGUCAUUACAAUUGGCACAAGUAAUUCUGAUACACUUGAGUUACAGACAGUGUCUACAACACCAGCAUAUGCUUUCUCUGUUCCUGAUUUUACCUUCAUCAACAGUAUUGUCCAAAGAGUUGCCUCUGUUUUGACAAAGGGUGAUGAAAUUGCUGAGCAAUUAAUGAUUCCUGGGGGCCAGACUUUGGAUGCAGGAAGAAAUAUUGUGUUUCUUAUUGAUGGAUCAGAUGAUGCUAGUGAUAGAUUCACAGCUAUACGAGAAUUUGUGGCCAGCUUGGCAGAGACAUUUGAGAUUGGUAAAGAAAAAGAUCAAAUUGCUGUUGUACAGUUCAGUAAUACUGCAGCAAUAAGCUUUAAUCUCAGUACAUACUCAUCCACUUCUGAGGUGGCAGAUGCUAUACGCAACCUCAAACCAAAAGGGGGAAGGCCGCAAUAUAUUGGCCAGGCUUUGCAGUUUGUUAGAGACAGUAUUUUUACCCCUAGUGUUGUAAGUCAGCAAAUAGGACGUGUUAGCCAAAAUCUUGUGCUUGUGGCUGGUGGCAGAUCAAGAGAUUCUCCUCAUGGACCAGCUAAUGCACUGAAGAGUAUGGGAGUAAACAUUUUUGCUAUUGGGUCAAGGCUGACAGAUCCUAUUGAAAUGGAAGCCAUUUCUUCGAAGACAGAUUAUGCCAUUGCUGUUUCCGAUUUUCAUGAUUUAAAAAAUGUACGCCAAAGCCUCAUGACAAAACUUUUGGGUGAAAGACAAAAGGGAGACAGAGAAGUUGAUGGCACAGGAUUAAAAAGGGAUAUUGCUUUUCUUGUGGAUGGCUCGGACAGUACAAGAAGAGGAUUUCCAGAAAUACGUGAUUUUCUGUACAAUAUUAUCACAAAUCUCAAUGUGGGUAUUAAUAAUGAUAGAAUCUCAAUAAUUCAGUACAGCAAUGUGGCUGUAGCAAAUUUUUAUUUGAAUUCGUUCUUAAGAAAGGAAGAUGUGUUGAAUGCAGUAAAGGUGCUAAGCCAUAAAGGUGGAAGGCCCUUAAACACAGGCUCUGCACUUCAAUAUGUAAAAGAAAAUAUCUUUAUAAGUGCCUCUGGAAGCAGGCAAAAAGAAGGCAUCCCUCAAAUAUUAAUUCUGCUGACUAGUGGAAAAUCAAGGGACAGCAUUUCUGAAGCAACCUCUGCUUUAAAAAGAAGUGGGGUCUUAAUAUAUGGAAUAGGAGGAAAGCACUUAGAUUCUUAUGAAUUACAUACAAUUUCUUCUGACGAUAAAGUGCUUUCAUUGGCUGACUUCAGUGAAUUACCAAAAAUUCAGACACAGCUAUUAGAAGCAAUAAAAGUCAUUCCAACUUCCAACAAAAAAGAAAUGAUAGGUAAGUAUAAUAAUGUUUUUACACAAUAGUCAGUAAAACUUAACGUUAAUCAAGAAAAAUGUGUAGUAUUUACGUGUGUGUGGAGUGUGAAAGCUAAAUAGAAGCAUGCUCAGAAACAUGCAUAACCACUGUGAAUAUUGUGACUUUGUCACUCCAUCCAAAAAUAAAACACUAAUUUAUAAAAUAAUUAUACUGUUCAAGUAGUCUUCUUGCUGUUCAUUUCCAUGAAAUAGUCAUAAUCAUUACUUCUGCAGUGCAGUGUUGCAAGCUUUAAGUGUGUGCUUGAGCGCUGAUAUGCUACAUACAAUUAAGGACUCACUAUUGUGAACUACA